AUGCUUCACCAGUACCGGAAAGACUUCUCACUGGCUUUUGAGGUGCAGGUGGCGCAUCGACGAGUGCUUCUACGAGCGCUUCUGCAUCUGCUACUGCCCCGGUGCAGCUGCUGGAGACCAAGACUGGGACAAAGCGACAGCGCUUCUCAGAACGUGUACCGCAAGCUUCGCUUGGAGAAGUGGAACAGGUUCGGUGGAUCCGGACAAAUUCUGUAG